AUGAAUCAACAGUCAUUGGAAGAUACCAUGAUUGAGGUGAGGGAAGAUUUCAUGGUUUCACCUGCUGGUGAUAGUCAACCAACUUUCAGAACAGCCCAUUUUCUAAACCCAAUUGAAAACUCCAUUAAAGAACCAGCUUUUAAGUGUAACCCAUUUUCAUCAUCUUCUUCUGUUUUUGACCCAAAUCAAUGGCCUUUAGAAAUCCAUUUCAAUGGGUGGCGUUACCCACAAACUAAAUGGGUUAAAUGGGUUGAUGAACUUAAGCUCAAAUAUGAAUCACUGUGGAAGAAAGUUGGAAUCUUUGAAGCCAUAAUGAGCACCAAAUGCUGCAUAAAGAAAAAUCAAGACUUGGUUUAUGGGGUUGUUGAGAAAUGGUGUUGGGAGACAAAUACCUUUGUGUUUCACUUUGGUGAGGCAACAAUAACUUUGGAGGAUAUCAUGGUUUUAGGGGGUUACCCUGUUCUUGGUGAUCCUGUUUUCAUUUCACUUCAAGAUGAAGAAAUGAGAGAGGUGGAGAAGAAAUUGAUCUUUGCAAGAAAUGAGCUUUAUAAGACUAAAUCAGGUAAGCCUAGACCAUCAAUAUGGAUGGAUAUUUUUAUUGGUAAAGGUAGUGAAAUUGAACAUGAAUCAUUUCUUGCUACUUGGUUGUCAGUUUUUGUUUUUCCUAAUAAAAACUUUUUGGUAAAAAGUUGUUUGUUUCCUAUUUCUAUUCAUCUUGCUAGAGGAAAUCCUAUUGCUUUGGCACCAGCUGUUUUAGCUAGCAUAUAUAGGGAUUUAACUUUGUUUAAGAAAACAAUAGUUGAUUUGUCAAAAUAUCCUACUGGUGGUGAUAGGUUUCCUGUGGAGAUUACUCUUCAAUCACCCUUUUACUUGGUUCAAAUUUGGGUGUGGGAGAGGUUCAAAAAUUUGCAACCAAAACCACAAACUAUGUUGACCAACCAUGGAGACCCUUUAUUGUUUAGGUGGCAUAAGGUUAAGGCCUUGAAAAUUGACAAUGUUAAGUUGGCGUUAGACUCAGCUAGCGAUGAUUUUCUUUGGCGUCCGUAUGUUAUAUGUGCUGAUAAAUGUGGAAUGUUUUAUCCAAAUGAUAAAAUUUGGGCACCGUUUGAGAAAGAUUUGGAUAAAGAAAUGCUCUCAUUUGUUACAUGCUUGAGAGUUUCUAAGCUUGUUGGAUUUGAGUCUAUGGAGCAAUAUCUCCCACAUAGAGUCGCUAUGCAAUUUGGAAUGGAUCAAGAUGUUCCAAGUUAUGUGCCUAGGCUUAACGAGACUAAAUUCAUUGCUUGGAAAAAUUACUGCAGGCCCAUAUCUGAUAAAAAAUUGUAUUUCCCACCAAGAUUAUUUGAGGCAGAUGUUACCAUGCGUUAUGCAAAGUGGUGGAAGCAAUUGGUAUUGGGUCAUGACGAUUAUGUUAAGAAAGUUGUGCGUCGGAAGAGAAGCGCUAGUUUAAGAAAGCACAGACUUCAUGUUGUAAAAUUUAACACAAGUGGUAAUGAUGUUGGUGUUCCACCUGGAUUUCCUCCCAAUCUUGUUGACACUCUUAAUUGUGGAAAAUUUUGUGAUGAUGAGGGUUUAAAAAUUAAAACUAGGAAGGUUGAGGAUUUGUAUGCUGAUGUUCCUGCUAAAAAUUCUGUUCUUAAUUGUUUGAUAGAUGAUGAAAUUAUUGAUGCUGAUGUUGAGGUUUGUAAGUCUGUGUUGGAAGAGUACAAGUGUGGUGGCAAAGUCCAUGAAUCUAAGAAUUUAUUGAACCGAUGUUGUUCAACCUCUUCAGAAGAUGAUGAGAAGAUAUUGCCACUGAAAAGGCCGGUUUCAAAAGAUAACACUGAACUUUCAAAAGGGGUUUUGAAGGAUGAGUUAAAAGAUGCAAAUGAGAGCAAAAAAUCAAGGAUGUGUAGUGGUAGAGUCUGUUUAUCUGAGACUCAAGGUGAAGGCAAAAACAAAGUCUCUUUGUGUAGUCAUGAAUUUGGUGAAUUUAUAUCAUCGAAUGUGAGUAAUGAAAUAGCUGGAAAUGGGGAUGAAACAGGAAUCAAGAUUCCAUUUUGUGAUAGAAAUGGUGAAAAAGGGGAAAGUGUUAGUCCUUUUACAUUAGACAUGGUAAUUGAUCUUGAAAACAGGAUUCAGAAGCUUGAAAGAGUGAUUGCUAAGCUUAAAGAAGCAAGAUUUGGCCACAAAGUUGACAUGGUUUGA